AUGAAUAAACAACAAUUCGAGAAAAACAUCACUUCAUUUAAACCGAUUCACGGUUUUCCUCAAAUGAGGAAACAAGUUAUCGACAAAUUCAUCGCAACAACAACUCAAGAAAAAGAAAAAGAAAACGCAAGAAGCAUUAUUAGAGAUAGAACUGGAGCAAGAGAAAAAAUACUUUAA